GUAGUUUCAUCAACACCACGUUGUGCUCGUCACAACGCGCUCUCCAAACCAGCGGGAAAAGAAAGUACUAAUCCGCGAUAACCAACAAGUUAGAAAAAACGAAAGAGUUUAGUUGAUAAAGCACAUGCCGUCUCUAUCUUUUACCUCGCCUGGCGCCCCUAACCGCCUGUCCAGCGACCCUCAUCGUCCCUCCCUCUUCUCCGCGGGUUUUGUGCCCGCGUCACGACGACUUGGUAGCAGUCACGACAGUUUUCGCCCCAAACAGCGCGGCUGGGACUCUUCGCUUUUUCGCCAGGACAGCCUCGGCGACUAUGCCGUGAGCGACGGUACUCUGGACGACACGCAGGCGUCUCUUAUCCUCGUUGACGAGGAGGUGAGGCAACACGCGGAUCGGCACACAAAGCGGCUACGUCAGCUGCAAGCCCGCGAAGCCCGUCAACGCAGUCUUCUCGUGGACGAGGAGAGGCAGCAGUUCGACAAUCUCACUUCGCUUCACCGGACCUACUCCGCGAUCGCCGACACCUGCGUCGCCCUGCGGCACUCGCAAGAGGCAAAGAAGCAGCAUCAUGCCCAGCAGUCAAAGAGGUGGUCACAGCUGCUCGUCGCCGAUGCCAUGGCGGAUCUUGUGCUGCAGGAAGAGUUGUCGCGUCGGUCGCUUUUGCACGCGGAGACGGCGGUGCGGGAGACGACUUUACGGCUGCAGCGUGCGGAGGCGAACGGACUGGCGUCGCACGAGGACGUUUUUCGUGUCGUACACGCUGAGCAAGUGCGGCGGGCUUUUCUGCUGCGUGAGGAGGCCCGCGCGGUGGAGGCGAUGCGCAUUCCACAUUUUAUCGCGUUGCCCUGCAUCACCGCGACGGCGUCACCGAAGUCAAGCUGGGGUCUCAGCAAGUACGUCGGUCCUAAUUUUUGGCGCGAGGUCGACAAGAUAGACCUCAUGGCAGCGGAGCGCUGCCCGUUCCGCUGCGCGGCGGACUGCCCCUACGUGCCUGCCAGCACUCGGGAGUUGGGGAGGGCGUGGGCUGUGGCGAGCGCGAAGGCGGCGCGGUCGGGUAGAGCCGCAAGGGCGACGGACGGACCGCGGCGUCGCAACAUUACAGAGGUGGGCAAGCAGCGAGUCCUGUGCGCGGCGGCGAAGAGCCAUCUCCGUGAAGCAACUACUUUCUUGCCGUCUCUCCGAGUCGGAAUUUGA